AUGUCUCUGCACACCCCGCUAUGCUCACUUCUCGGAAUCCAACACCCUAUCCUCUUGGCCGGAAUGGCCAAGGCCUCUGGCGCACCGCUGGCUGCUGCCGUCUCCAAUGCAGGCGGCCUGGGCAGCGUUGGCGGUCUGGGCUACACGCCAGCGCAGCUCUCCGAGAUGCUCACCGAACUCAAGUCCCUCCUGCGCGACCCCAACCUCCCAUUCGGCGUGGAUCUGGCCCUGCCGCAGGUCGGCGGAAGCGCCCGCAAGACGAACCAUGACUACACGCACGGCCAGCUGGACGAGCUGAUCGAAGUGGUGAUCUCGCACGGCGCGAAGCUGUUCAUCUGCGCCGUCGGCGUGCCGCCCGAGCGCACCAUCAAGCGCCUUCACGAGGCCGGGAUCUUGGUGAUGAACAUGGUCGGCGCGCCCAAGCACGCAGAGAAGGCGCUCAAACUCGGCGUGGACAUUAUAUGUGCCCAGGGGGGUGAAGGCGGUGGCCAUACCGGAGACAUCCCUUUCUCCGUCCUCAUCCCGGCUGUCGUGGACGUGGUCAAGAAUUACAAAAGCCCUAUGACGGGGAAGACGCCUCUGGUGGUUGCCGCCGGCGGCGUCAGCGAUGGUCGAAGCCUGGCUGCGUCGCUGAUGCUGGGAGCGUCCGGCGUGUGGGUGGGCACUCGCUUCGUCGCAUCGGAGGAGAGCGGCGCAAGCCAGCAGCACAAGAAAGCAGUAGUCUCCGCAGGAUUCGGGGACACGAUCCGGACGCUUGUGGUGUCGGGACGACCGCUGCGGGUGCUGCCCAACGAGUACAUCAAGAAAUGGGAGGAGCGGCCGGAGGAGAUCGCGCGGUUGACGCAGCAGGGCAUCGUCCCGAUGAUGCACGACAUCGACGAGGGCAAGGAGGACGUCGACAUGCCCUUCCUGAUGGGCAGUGUCUCUGCCAUCAUUAAAGACAUCAAGCCCGCGCGGACGAUUGUCGAGGACAUGGUGAAGGAAGCGGUCGAGAUGCUGAAGCUGGGUCAUACAUAUAUCAACAACAAAGGCGGCGCCACUACCACUGCCAGCAAGCUCUAA